AAAAAGAUGAAGGAAGUACAAGUAGUACAACGUCAACGUGGUCCUUCGUUCUUUGAAAAGUUGUAAGUACUUAGGUUGUCUAGGGCGACCGAUUUCUUCAACUUUAACCUAUGGUUGGCGCAAAAGGCGAGCAAGAAAAUUUUGGGUCACAUAAAUAGAACCGCAGUCGUGUUGUUGUAGUAUGUGUGUACUGCAAGUGUCUAUUAUCUAGUAGUGAGACAUAGUAACCAAUUCGUAUUUACCAAAAAAAAAGAUGAAGAAGUUUUUCCAACGAAAGGGGAGCUUUGCGGAUGGUCUAUCCUACCUAGUCGAGGAGGGUUUCACGCGGGAACAAGCCUUACUCGGUCUCGUUCUCAACAACCAGAAUUCUACGGUACGCACCUUAGUUACAUCAUGAGACAACUUCAGCAUAUUUUCAUCAAUUGAUAUGAGUACUUCGCUUCAACAACAACAUAUUAUCAGAACGAAGGUACACGAGCAACUGUAGGGUCGUGCACGACAUGUACUUGUACAAGAUCGACGCCGACAUAUGCAGUUAUGAUCACAAAUAAGAAAGGACCAAGAUCAGGGCAAAAAAUAAAAUCCACACUGAGUUGGUAGGACCAUGAUAAAUCUUGCAGGCGUGUUGGGCUAGUUUAGUUCACCUCAAAUCGAAGGAAGAUAAUAGUCGUCGUGUCUUCUCAUUCUUUUGAAGUAUGCUAAAAAACCUAAGGCCUCGCCUCCAGAAGGCACAAGCAUAGCAAAUAGAUAAUUUCGAACGCCCUCUACCUUCUAGGCUGCGCUGAAGUGGCUAACUGCCGAUGAGAACGAGCACUUGGUUGUCGCGGCGACUUAUGCUUCUUUAAAUGCGGAGGUUGUGUUGGCGCGCAUGGGUCACGCGAGUUUCCUGAAUGGUCUCCGCGGCGUCAUCGUCGGCUACGAGGCGGAAAGUCGGCGUUUCGUGGUCGACGUAUCGCAGGACUCUGUGGAGCAUCAGAGUGACUUGAUUCGAAGCGUUAAACCGGAAAACUUGGAUUUAGUACUGGACCACGACAGCAAAACGCCUAGGGUUAAGGCAAGGAGAUGAUUACUAUGUAUCGUAUCCGGUGGUGUUGUGAGGUAUUAUACUCGUCCUCCUGAGUGAACAAGUCUCCCAUGAUUCAAAGUAGGAAAACUGAACAUCACAGGAAGAAGAGCAAAUAACACAAACACUACGAUGAAUACAGAGACAGAUAGUCGUGACUGAAAAUAAACUACACCACACGAUACAACACAUAUUACACUACAGCCUUUAAUAAUAUCGGCAGUGGUGGAUCCUCAUCGACUGUAUUGGCCGGGAGCGCAUCAUUGUCAACAAGCAAAACCAGUGCAGUGUCGUCAGUCAAGUCGUUAUCCUCAGCCUUGUCCGACAAAGUGAAAACCAUGGGAGGAAAAGUAAGCGAAAGCGUAAAACGAUUGCAGGAACAGCGAGCAGCGGCACGUACUCGUCCUCUACGUCUCUAGUGAUGCUCAACAUACAUGAUCGAGAGCAGAUACGACCAGGUCGUACUCCAGUUAGAUGGGGAAACACAAGAUGAAUCGUCAUUUUGUUUUGAGGCAAGCUUCUUGCUUUGUGUUCUUUGUUCUAUGGAACAGCGUAGACCACAGUAUAAGUACGUGGAGUGGAGCAGCAAAUAGAUAUCUUCGACUUUCUUGCCUACUAAGUUUUCAACAAAACAUGCUGAAUAUAAAAAGAUCAUGAGGUUGUAGGUUCCAUGCAUUUCUUUGUCAUAAUUUGUAGGUGCUUCCGCGUCCUCCAACGCGUCUCUGCAGCAAGAGGAGCAGAACGAAGAGGAGGACAUUUCUCCGCUCGCAGCAGAGAGUGGAUCCCCAAAUAAGGAGAAGGGGAAAACCGGGAACCUCUUUGCGAAACUGAAAGCCGCUUCGGUAAGUCUGCAGCAAAAUCUAAAGGCCACGGCGAGAGGAUCUACGGAACAUCAUGGACGAACACCGACAAACGCAGAGUCCUUGGAGGAUGAAGCGGCUUCUACAGCUGGAGCGUCCUCGAUUGGCGGAGCCGAAGCUGGUGGGAAAAGCGACAAGACCGACUCCAUAUCCUCUUCGACUCGAAGCGAGACUCAUCCUGCUGGAGGAGGGACCGGUGAUAACGAGACAAUUAUAAAGGGAAAGUCGGAAGAACAAGAGGCUCCUGAAGCCGCCGGUGUUGAAGGUCAACUACAACCGCGGAAAAAGAGCCUUUUCUCAUCGUCGAGAUUUUUAUCAUCUUCCUCUUCUAGUAGUAGCUCGUCUUCUUCGGCUGGAGGAGGUGCACCAGGGAACAAAAGCUCGUCUGCUGUCACGUCAAUGCGGUUUGCUGCGCCACCGCGGACCACGACGCUGACAACAGAGGGUGGAGUCGACCUGCUCCAGCAUCAAAGUGGGCAACAACAGUCGUCAACCAAGACGAACAGCGCGACGGGCUCGGCGCGCACACUUGCCGCAUCCUCCUCUGCGUUCUUGAAGCGCACUUUGCUGAAGAAGAAAGCGCCGAGCGCUGGUGCUGCGGCAUUAAGAAGUGAUCAUACGCUGACGCCCACAGCAGAAGCACAAGGACGUCGAGAGAAGCGACACUCAGCAUACUCGGCAGAUGAUGGCGAUUCGAUCAUCCUAGCGACGGCAGCGGCUUCAGACACGACCCUGCUGUCAGCCCGAUCAAGCGCAACGUACCAGGAUGACGUGGCAACCUCAGACACGAUAACGAACUCGACAAGCAGUAUGUCGGACCCCACACAACCAGCAGGAGCACCAGCAGGAGGGUCGAAGCAAGAAGCGGACGAACAAGCUGCAUUAAAACGCUUCCUCGCUCGUGAAAUCGAACGCAUCGAUAAAAUGAAGGAAGAAUUGGAAACACGCGAAAAAUUGGUAUCAUUCCGUGAGAGUCGUGACAUUUAAUUUUGAUUGUUCAGAGUUCACAAUGUAGGAAAAAUGAAUUUAAUUUGAAUUAAAUGAAAUAUAAUCAAAAAUUUAAGUAAUUUAAAAUUUCAAGUUCCUGAAUGCCUUCAGGUUUCCAUGAAGGAAACUGACCUCGAAAUUCGUGAGCAAGAACUGAAGGAGAAAGCCAAUAUGCUGCAGAUGGAAACGGUCGAAGCACAACAACGAAUCGCGGCGCAGCGUGCCGAAGCCUUGAAACUGCUACACUCAGCAGAGCAAAAGCAAGCUGCAAAAUCUGAAAGCAUCAUUGGGGAUGUAGAGUGUGCCUCUGAAGAAGUGGAAACAUUUCAGAUGGGGAGUCGAAAAAACAGUCCCAGCAGUGCUGGAGCCACAGCAAUCAACACAGCUUCAAUCGAGAGCUGUGUUGACAAAACGUAAAAUUGAUAGGUUUAUUUUUCAAAUUCUAGAAUUUCAUGAAAAUUUUAAUUUCAUGAAAUUUUGAAUUUCUAAAUUCAAAAUAUCUCAUUAUAUCUGAAUUUGCUUUGAAUUUGAGAUAAACACUUAGGAUUUCUAAGCAUGAGGCAUAGUUGGGACAUCGUAUCGAUUUGGCGACAUUUCAAAAUUUAUCUUAUUGCAUCAAUCCACUUUAGCGAAUUCCAGUUCAAUUUCGAAAUAUUUUGGACAUGAAAUGAAAAAUUUUGAUUUUAUUCAGUUUUAAGUGAAAUUCAUUUCUGUAUCAGCACUUUUCAAGGAAUAUUCACGUUGUGUUGAUUUUCACUAAAUUUUGGAUCAAAGGUACAGUGCUGAUUGGGAGAAGAUUGGUAAGCAGGAAGAAACAGGAUCACAAGCAGAAACUAGUGCUUCUUCACCAGGAGAGUCCACUGUACACAUCGACCAAGAAGAAGCUGCAGUAGUAGCAGCAUGAUCUUCGUACAGCGGCAAAUACCAGCAUGGUACUAGUUCAGCGGAGCAUAGCAGCAUGAUAUUACUACAGCAGCGCAUAGCAGCGUGAUAUUAGUACUGCGGAGCCUCCAAAAUGUGCGGAGCCUCCAAAAAAAUAUCAGCUAGUCAAGAACUUCGGUCGUCGCUGAUUAUGCAGAUAGACGACCAGGCAAGCAGAAGUAGUUCUCCUUCUGAAUAUAUUUAUUAGAACUUCCGGUUAUAUAGAUGAAGAUGAAAUACUAUAAUAUCACUGUUCUUCUGGUUCCGCCACACCAGUCCGAGAAAGAUUCCAAUGAGGAGUUCCAAAGAGGAUCCUUGUCUAUCAUGUAGGCGUCGAACGUCGUAGAGAAUGAUCGUUGCAGUCGCGCAAGAAAGACCGGCUAGGAGUCCUUGGAUCUUUCGAUGAUAUGACGUCUUCAUAUUAACUGAUGACAUUUUGUACGUAGGAAAAGAGAACCUACUACAACACUGGCUUGCCACAUUCGCAAACUACUAUCAUGCAGUGAUUGUAACUACACAAAGCUCCGCCUAUUAUUGGGUGACUAUACGAACCUGCUGAUGUUGUCGAAGAUCCUUGAAAUUUCCUUCGACAUUUAUGUAAGGACCUACGACUGCUUACUUAUUGUUAGCUGAGAGCAUGAACGUAUGGAAAUCCUAAUCCGUAGGACGAUUACCUGCGGAACAUCACGGGUUGUAGGACGAGUGGGUCAGUCUGGCUGCAUUCUUUGUUCUACAGAAGUUACUUUUCUCAAAGAGAAAGAUAUGACAUUUUUUAUAACUUCUUUAACCAAGGAGAUGGAACACAACGUUGUUGUACCUAACCGCAAGUGCCGGUGUUCUUAUUUUUUCG